AUGGGUACUCUACUGAAGGAGCUUCGUGACUGCUGCAUGCACGAAUCAAGCAGACAGCGCCCCUUUUGCAUGGAGCCCGAGGCCGCCCCAACUUUGACCCGUCGGGUCGUGGAGCUCGUACGCGAGAAGCUGCUCCUCCGAAACAUCGAAGCUGAUAGAAUCGCGGGCGAUAAGGGCGUCAUGCACGUCUUCGGCUAUCCUGCGAAGCGCAUCGUUGUAGAAGGCGCGAAGAGAUCGACGGAGGAGGAGAUCGCAGUUUCAGCACGCAUGGAUGUAAACUACGCGAGAAUAGAGGUGCAAGAUGAGCCUCUGUACGGUUGGCCAGUGAAGUUGAGGCAGAAGUUGUGCCCCUGCAACUACUGCUUCAAGUUCGGUGCAUGCGUUCAUCUCGUCUACGCGCUGAGAGCAACUGAUCGCAUGGAUGGAGCAGGGCGACGUAUCCUCGUAAGCCGCCGCAUUGGGCGUAAGCGUAGCGAGGACGGCAUCACGACUCUCGGAGGAAGGCCCCGGGCCAUCGGGCCAGCCCUGUCAGUGGAUUGACGCAGCACCUCCGGAUGUGAACGCCGGCGACGAGUGUUUGCAGCAAUAGAGGCGGUGUGAAGGAAUAUUUCCGUUACAGAGAUUCAGGUGCUCCAGCGCCUUCAUGGCUUUGUGUACGUAGUCUUGGAGGGUAUGAAGUCGUAGUUCUUGUCUGCGGUUGUGAUUAAAUGACCUGCUGUUAUGCGAUCAGCGACUGAUGCAGCCCCCACGUGCACAAUACUUCGAAAGAAGACAUUCUGAUUCCACGCUAACGUAGCUAUCACCUUGCACUAUCUCCUCCGUGCGAGUGAGAUCCAACAUCUUCAACUUACGCCUCGUCAGCGGUUUCUGUAACGGGGUUACACGCA